CGUGACGGAGAAGCUAGGCCUCCCCUCCUCCAAAGUCUCCAGGAGUGAAGGCCCCAGCCCUCCAUUCUCGGAUUGUUCAUCGGUGUGCCAGCUGCGUGACUGCUUCUGCCACUCUAACCGCGAUCUCGGCGCUGCGCGCGAGGGACAACAAAUGCGUGCAGAAGGCUGGGCUGGACGACCGGUGACAGGCGAAGGGACGGGCAGGAAUGUAAGGAGCAGGUGCCGGCUCAGCGUCCCUGGCAGUUCGGAGGACAGGUUCUUCAAGGGGCCUUGACGGUCGCCGUGACGACGGGGGCGGGCCGGCGCAGCGCGCCCAAGUUUGGAGCCCGUGGGUGUGCGUGCGGCCCCCUAGCAGUUGCGGGCUCAUCUCCCUCCGCCCUCCGGGGUCUGCGCUCUGCACCGACCCGCGAGGACUCCACGGCUGCGGGGGUAGCCGGGAGCCCCGCGGGCGCUUUCUCCCAGCCUCGGCCAUGCCAACCGUGCUGGGUUUUGAAGGCAGCGCCAACAAGAUUGGCGUGGGAGUGGUGCGGGAUGGCACGGUGCUGGCAAACCCGCGGCGGACUUACGUCACGCCUCCCGGCACAGGGUUUCUUCCAGGCGAUACUGCCAGGCACCACCGAGCCGUUAUCCUGGACCUGCUGCAGGAGGCACUAACAGAGGCUGGAUUAACCUCCCAGGAUAUUGACUGCAUUGCCUACACGAAAGGCCCUGGCAUGGGUGCCCCACUGGUUUCUGUGGCUGUUGUGGCCCGUACUGUGGCCCAGCUGUGGAAUAAGCCAUUGGUAGGUGUGAACCACUGUAUAGGCCACAUUGAGAUGGGCCGCCUCAUCACUGGAGCCACCAGCCCAACUGUGCUGUAUGUCAGUGGAGGAAAUACACAGGUGAUUGCAUAUUCAGAACAUCGGUACCGCAUCUUUGGGGAAACCAUCGAUAUUGCUGUGGGUAAUUGUCUGGAUCGUUUUGCUCGAGUGCUGAAGAUUUCCAACGACCCGAGUCCAGGCUACAACAUUGAACAGAUGGCAAAGCGAGGCAAGAAGCUAAUUGAGCUGCCGUACACUGUAAAAGGAAUGGACGUGUCAUUCUCAGGGAUCCUGUCUUUCAUUGAGGAUGUAGCCCAGCGGAUGCUGGCCACAGGCGAGUGUACUCCUGAGGAUCUGUGUUUCUCCCUGCAGGAAACUGUGUUUGCAAUGCUGGUAGAGAUCACAGAGCGGGCCAUGGCGCAUUGUGGCUCCCAGGAGGCCCUCAUCGUGGGAGGUGUGGGGUGUAACAUGAGGCUACAGAAAAUGAUGGAGACAAUGUGUCAGGAACGCGGAGCCAAGCUUUUUGCCACAGAUGAGAGAUUCUGCAUUGACAAUGGAGCCAUGAUAGCCCAGGCUGGCUGGGAGAUGUUUCGGGCAGGACACAGGACUCCCCUCAGUGAUUCUGGGGUUACGCAGAGGUAUCGGACAGAUGAAGUAGAAGUGACCUGGAGGGACUGACAAGGUUAAUGGGAUCAGAGUAGAUAGUGCACUAAGUGGAACCCAUUAUGUCUAUCCUGACAUGCAAGUCCUGGUCAGGCUGUGGACUCCCCACUCCCAUCAUUUGAACCUCAAGAUGAUACAGCAAUAAAAUAUUCUUGCUCUUGUA